AUUUUUAAACGGAAUCGGAGGUGGUGGGAAGAGAUUAAAUAAAAAAAAGGAUUAAAAACAAAGGGGGGAAAAAAAGAUAAGGAGGCGAUAUUGUUACUCAAGCGAUUGUUUCAUAUCAAAAGCCACGAAGUAACAGCUGAAUCCGCCAUGGAUUUCAUGAAGGUCCUCGAUCAGACGGUUCGAGAAAUCAAGAGGGAGGUCAACCUAAAGGUAUUGAAGGUUCCGGAGAUCGAACAGAAGGUACUAGAUGCAACAGAUGAUGAACCAUGGGGUCCUCAUGGCACUGCAUUGGCAGAAAUAGCACAAGCAACAAAAAAAUUCACUGAAUGUCAGAUGGUUAUGAAUGUUCUUUGGACAAGACUGGGUGAGACUGGAAAAGACUGGCGCUAUGUCUACAAGGCAUUGGCUGUUAUAGAUUAUUUGAUUUCCCAUGGAUCUGAACGUGCGGUUGAUGACAUAAUAGAGCAUACUUUCCAGAUCUCUUCCCUCACAAGUUUUGAAUAUGUUGAGCCAAGUGGGAAAGAUGUGGGAAUCAAUGUCCGGAAAAAAGCAGAAACUAUAGUGGGACUUUUGAAUAAUAAAGAAAAAAUACAAGAAGCUAGAAAUAAAGCUGCUGCUAACCGUGACAAGUAUGUUGGCCUAUCAUCUACUGGCAUUACUUAUAAGUCUGGUGCAGCGUCAUAUAGUAGUGGCGGCUACCAUGGUGGUGGGGAUAGGUAUGGAGGCCUAAGUAGCACAAGAGAAAGUGACAGCUAUAGAGACAGUUAUAAAGAGGAGGACCGAUAUGGAGAAGAAAAGUAUGAUGCAGAUACCUAUGUGAAGUCACGUCGAGGGACUGCAAGUGGAAGCCAAGGGAAUUCCUCAAAGGAGUCUACACGUCCUGGCAGCAAGGAUCCAAAGAAUAAAUUUUCUUCAAAGUUGAGUGAUUCCAAUAAAUACAGUCCAAGCUCAAGCACCCCGUCAAAUAAUUAUGAUGCUGAUGAUUUUGAUGAUUUCGAUCCCAGGGGAACAUCCAGUUCUAAGCCAGCGGCUGGAAGUUCUAACCAAGUGGAUCUAUUUGGACAAAGUUUGAUUGAUGACCUCUUCGAUGCAUCAGCAUCUGUCCCUACGGAAAAGUCUGCUGUGAAUACUGAUUCAACAGAAGUUGAUCUAUUUGCUGAUGCAACUUUUGUGUCAGCACCAACUAAAGUGGCAACCGAAGCGAGUCCUAAAGCUCAGGAACAGGUUGAUCUAUUUGCUUCCCAGCCUGCCGUCACUCCUGCAGCCUCUUCAACUGUUGACCUCUUUGCCACCACCGAUCCAGUUGUGCAACCAGACACCAUCUCACCUAAGUCUGAGCCAGAACAUGCUAACAUUGUUGAUCCAUUUGCUGCUGUUCCACUGAACAAUUUCGAUGGAUCUGACAUUUUUGGUUCAUUCACUUCUCAUUCUGAUUCAGCUUCAGAAGAACAAACACAGAAUCCCAUUAAUGAUGGAAACCUUAACAACUUGAGCACAAAAUCAUCACAAGACUCUAAAUCUCCUCAAAAGAAGGAUACUUUUGAGGUGAAGUCUGGAAUUUGGGCUGAUUCACUGAGCCGUGGGAUAAUUGAUCUCAACAUAUCUGCUCCCAAGAAGGUUUCGCUAGCAGAUGUGGGAAUCGUUGGGGGAUUGACCGAUGUAGAUGAAAGAGAGAAAGGACCUCCAACAACUUCAUUUUACAUGGGGAGAGCGAUGGGUACUGGGUCUGGUCUUGGUAGAACUGGGUUCGCAUCCACACAAGCAGCUGCUGAUGAUGAUUUCUUCUCAAGCCUUGGCAGCCAACAGUAUCAAUUUGGUAGCUUUAAGAAGUAAUUUUGUUCACUUUCCCUAAGCAUUCUUUUCCCAAUUUGGAAAAAAAAAAUUUAUCCAACGUGUGGUGCACAUUGGUGUGCUAGUUUUCAUCAAUUCAUGAUGAGGAUACUUGUUAUGUAUCAAUCAUGAGGGGGUAUUAUAUCAUCGGUACUUCCCACAGUCUUCAAAUGUUUCCGUUGGAACUGUUGCUUUGUAAUUUUGGUAUUGAGAUUUCAUUCAAGUUGGCACCAUAUUUUUUGUUGUUCACACUACUUGGAAUGAUUACUUAAUUAGCAUUGGGCGAAUCAAGUUGUACAGUCUGUAACCGAAGAGAUUUUCCCAAUAUUGUUCCUGUGAAUGGAUAAAAUUAUUAUUAAUAUCAA